AUGAAUCGAAAAGAACGCCGUCAACUCCGCCGGGCCGUGGAACGAGAGCAGGAGCGGUCCCUGACAAACAUGGAGGACGCUGGAGAGGAGGUUCAGGCGGAGGCGGGUCCGUCCACUUCAAACAUGGAGUCACAAGACCUGCUAAAACUGCGAGCCCGAAUGGAGUAUGAGGACAAGUACAGAGCCCAUUUCUAUAUCGCGACACUGACGUCAGAGCACGAAGAAAAAAUGAAAGAGAAAGACGCCAUAAUCCAACGUUUGAGAAAGGAGAAGAGUAAUGUGUACAGUGGCCUUCAGGAAAAGGCCCGGCAGUCGGUGCGGGACGAGAUUGAACACCAAACUACUGCCAACUCUUUCCUCCGCGGACAAGUGGAAAAUAUAAAGACGCAGAACCAGGUAAAUGUCCAGCCUCUCCUGGAGCAGAUCGCUAUUUUGAAACAGGAUCUGAAAAAGGAGCAGGAGGAGAAAGAAAGCCUGAAGUCCUCCUUAGAGACCAGUGAGGCGGCCACUGCAGCAGUUCUGGAGAUAUCAGCCGAACAGCUGGACAAACAGAAGAAUGAGCUGGAUAGUGAAGUCUCGUCUCUGAAAAAGGCUUUGGACAAUGAGAAGAAAAAGGUGGAAGCACUGGAGAGAGAGAGACAGCAGCUGACAACAGAGGUGUCAGGCCUGAAGCGAGCUCUUAGGGAUUAUCAAAACGUGGAGCAGGAGAAGGUCGGCCUACAGUCUACUGUCAAAGACCUGAGGUCAAACCUGAGCCAAGAGAAGAGAGUCACUGAGACCCUCCGCUCAAAAGUGAAUGAGCUGAGCCACAAAACACAGGAGCAGGAGGAGACAAGUCGGGCAUUGAACCAGAAACUCGAAACAGUGACAAACGUUUUCAGGGCUGCAAUCCAGAGAUGCCAAACUGCCAUGAAUUCUGCGGUGGCUCAGAAAGACCACCUUGCAACAAUAGUGGACAAUACAAACAAGGAAAUGGAGGCCCUGAAACUCAAGCACUCAGAGGAGGUGAGUUCAGAGCAGGAGCAGAGGAGACUCCUGCAGGAGAAGAUCCAGGAGCUGUCGGAGGCUCUGAGCGCCUCAGACCAGAACAACACAGACCUGGAGAAGCAGAGACUGGAGCUGCAGGAGGCUCUCAGAGAAAAGGAGCAGGACCUGAAGGAGGCUCUCAGAGAAAAGGAGCAGGACCUGAAGGAGGCUCUCAGAGAAAAGGAGCAGGACCUGAAGGAGGCUCUCAGCGAAAAGGAGAAAGAGAAGCAGGAGGCUCUCAGAGAAAAGGAGGAGGAGAAGCAGGAGGCUCUCAGAGAAAAGGAGCAGGACCUGAAGGAGGCUCUCAGCGAAAAGGAGAAAGAGAAGCAGGAUGCUCUCAGAGAAAAGGAGGAGGAGCUGCAGAGUCUGAAGAGGAGGGAGAAGGAGGUGGUUCUGCUGUGGCUUUUAAGCAAAAGUCGAGGUGUUAGAGGUCCAGGCUCUAACAUGGACCAGGACACAGUGGGGGGACUGGGGACUGGGGACUGGGUUCGGGCCGAUCCUGUUUCUCACAGGCCCACGGGCCCCGCUGUGAGGGGACAGUACUCAGAACAGAGCUGCAUGGAGCUCCAGCGGCUGCAAAGAAUCCAAAACAGGCCCAUCCUCUGGAGAGAAGAGAUCUGGUUUAGUUUGUCAGAAAAUGGGUUUGUAAAUGUUCAAUCAUAG